AUGUCGUCUUCCCCCAACAAGGUACUGGGCGACAAAGACGUCAACGCACCCAUGGCCGACAACCAGCAGCCGCAGUCGCAAUCGCAGCAGCCCCAAGGCGGCGACGCAAGGGACGUCAAGAGCAUGGAGUAUCACCGCCAGGUCUUCCAGAACAAGAUGACCGAGGAAAAGUCCGACAAAUACGUCUCCCCCUCGGACAACAUAAUGAGCCCCUGCACGGCCAAGAUCAACGCCCUGCGCAACAAGCACGCCGCAAAGGUCAAGCCCAAGUCGCUCUUCGCCCAGGCGAGCGCUAAGAAGCUCGGCGGCGAUAACCCCUUCGGCGCGCGGUCAGUCAAGCCCGAGUAA